AUGGCUAACGAAAAAUCAGACAACCAAAUCGAAAAGCUAAUGGACGCCCCAUUAGAAUUCGUCAAGGAUGGUAACCAAUUUCUAAACAAGUGUAAGAAGCCUGAUUUGAAAGAAUACACCAGAAUUGUCAGAGCUGUCGGUAUCGGUUUUGUUGCUGUCGGUAUCAUUGGUUAUGCUAUCAAAUUGAUCCAUAUCCCAAUCAGAUAUGUCAUUGUCUAA